UCGUUUUUGAAUACGUAAUAUGCACUAAAAUGUAAUAUAAAACUUUGACGUAUGUCUCAUUUCUGUCAAUUUGACAAUUUUUUGUCAACACGUAGUCCAAUUUCACUAAAUUCUCGGCGUUAAGUUAAACUUAUAUCAAUCAAAAAGUGCAUAAAUUUAACCAUGCCGUCGAGUGAUAGUGAUGAUUUCGAAAGUGCAGACGAGGGUCAUGGUAGCGUGGAAAAGAAAGAGAGGAAGAAACGACUCUCAUCGUCGAAUUACAGUGACAAUAAUGUAGAAUCUGACCAAGAACCGAAGAAACCAGCUGCCACGCUUGGGAAAAAACAUGUAGAAACUAAAGAAGAAAAAGAAACAGAUGGAUGGGGAGAUGGCUGGGAUGACGUAGAUCCUGAGCCUGAACCUAAAAAUGAUCCUAAAACUAGCACUGCAACUUCAACUAAAGUGGAUACCAAGAAGGAUAAUGGCAAAUCACAAGACACUGGCUGGGACGAUUUUGAUGACUGGGGGAAUGAUGAGACUAAUGAAAAUCAGCCAAAACCUCAGCAAGCACCAGCUCCACAAACACAACCAGAAGCCGACAUAAAGGCAGUGACUGACCGUUUGGCAGAAUCUGCCAAUAAGAGCAGUUGGGGCUGGGGGUGGGGUGUGGAUUCUUUGCUGAGCACAGCUACUGCUGGCAUUUCUACCAUCACCAACCAGGUUUCUCAGGGCAUCUCAACAGUCCUUGAAACUGGCAUAGGCGCACCGGAUCCAGAGGAACUAGCCAGAAAGGCCAGAGAGAGUGAAGCCAGGACAGAUGGGCCUGAGGAAAGACUGAAGGAGGGAGGAGAAGGAAAUAAGAGAGCAAAGGAUGCUGGGGAUGCUUUCCAGCUGGGCAGUCUUUUGUCAGGAGUUACUAAGUUUGUGGAGACAACUGGUACAAAAGUAAUAUCUGGCGGUCUAGACACCCUAGAAACCAUAGGCAAAAAGACCAUGGAAGUUCUUCAAGAUGGUGACCCCGGGUUAGCUAAGAAACGGGCCAUGCUUGGCCUGGACCCUGGCGACAAGCCGGUCCUGUCUCAAGUUCUGAGGGAGGCUAAAGCGAGGGCUGAUGAGGAGGACAGGGCGAGGGAGCAAAAGAGAGAGGCGAAGGAGGUGCAUUAUGAGAAUCUGUUCGACGAUUAUGAAGGUCUAGUUCACCUGGAAGCCUUGGAGAUGUUAUCCCGGCAAGUGAGCAUGAGGAUAGACGAGCGAAUACGCAGCGCAGACCCUGACAAGAGACAAGAUAUUAAGGAGACACUACAGCAAGUCGCUGAACUUUGUGAAAUGCCUGAAGAAGAAGAGGAAGAUGAAGAAUCUGACGAAGGUGCUUCGAAGGUAGACGCGUUCCAUGAGAGGCUUCAAACAGCUACAAGAGAUAUAGGCUUGAAACUGCAGUUCCAGCCCUUGGUGAAACAAUACACAGAAGUCCUCGACUGGCUGUCAUCGGACGAAGCUACAACAGAGAAGGCGGUGUACAAGCGCUGCGUCAGCGGGCUGGCGGCCGCCACCGCUGCCGCCGUUGAGGUGUACCAUAAGGCGGCUGAAAUGUUGCUGGUCAAGACGCGGAGAUCCACUGCAGACGAGGCAGAUGCAUUAACACAAAUGACGGUGGUUCUAACCAAGCAUAUAAGUGAACUAGCGACGCUCUUCACCGAGAAGCUGAACUCCUUGGACUCUGAGAACAAAGAACAAAUCAAUACGUACAUCACUAAUAUAUUUUUGGAGGCUGGCAACAGUUCGACCUACAUCCAAAAUGCAUUCCAGUUAGCAUUGCCAAUACUGCAAAUCGGCGCCGUGUAGAACCAACUAUUAAAUAUGAAGAACAGAAGAUUCACUUUACCAAGGAUUUAUUAUAGUCUUUUUCAAACGGGAA